CUUUUUGCCCUCUCCUUUUAUUUACAAAUUUAUGCACAUUUGUUCUUCAUUUGUCUACUAGGAUAAUUGAAUCAUGGACGCGGCCAUCUAGGGACUGCCCCAUUGCUCUUGGCCCGACGCACAUCCGAGAAAAGACGAGGAGCGAUAUAUCCCGCUUCGUUUCCCGGAGAAAGCACAACACCGUUGCUGGACACAAAGAACGCGAUACCAGCGUCGAGGGCGCGCUCCACGUCGAUGAAGAUGAGGAUCUCAGAUGAGCUUCGCAUCCCUGAGGCCUGUGGUUCCCCGUCAGGCCUUGCGCGAGGUGGAUGUGCUGCCGAGUCAUGCGCGAGAUGCCUUCCGAAGCUGCCAGGGGGCUCGAGCCUGGUCCGAUGGGGAAACGGCGCGCGGGACUCACAUAUUUGCCGCCAUGCAGCCAGUGUCGUCCCAUGCACGGCCAUCGGCACCUCCGCCGCCGACGUUAUCCGCUUCAGAUCCAGCACCAUACCCUACGCACACGCGGUCAGCUCACGACGAAGCGCACCACACGAUCCGCUACGCGCGGGGACUCAACUGGCAUCGAGUGGCCCUGGUUCGCGCGCACCCACCACAGCCCGUCUUCCAGCACCAGCGAGUAGCGCGCCUUUCCGUCCGUUUCGACGAUGUGCAUCAGUUCCUGUAGAGUCGUGCCCCGGAAGGCCCUGUGUUUGAGC